GCAAACAUAAGCGGACACUGUCUUUUACUUUUUCUUUUACAGUUUUUUUUAUGCAUCCUCUAUGUUUUUCAGUCAUGGCGGGUAUCUCUUUUGAGGACACCAGUAAACCCUUUUAAGGGUUUGCAACAUCGUCAAUCUAACAUGUACAGAGACUGUGACUCCGCAGACCCCCUAAAUGCCUUUCAUUGAGAAAAGGCUGCGGACGUUCAGUGUUGUGAAUGUGUACACGCAACAAACUACUCGACUGAGAUGGGUAAUAAACAAACAAUAUUUACUGACGAGCAACUUGAUGCCUACCAGGACUGUACAUUUUUUACCCGCAAAGAAAUUCUACGGUUGCAUGGAAGAUACCAUGAGUUGGCUCCACAUCUUGUACCAAUGGACUACACCAAUGACCCUGAUUGUAAACUGCCUUUAGCCUUGAUAGUCAACAUGCCAGAAUUAAAGGAAAACCCUUUCCGUAACAGGAUUGUAGAGGCGUUCUCAGAGGAUGGGGCUGGGAAUCUCAGUUUCAAUGAGUUUGUGGAUAUGUUCUCAGUCCUCAGUGAAAUGGCUCCUAGAGAACUCAAGGCCAUAUAUGCCUUCAAAAUAUAUGAUUUCAAUGUAGAUAAUUAUCUGUGCAAAGAAGACCUGGAGAAGACUCUGAAUAAGCUGACAAAGGAGGAGCUGACUCCUGAAGAAGUUGAGCUGGUGUGUGAGAAGACCAUUGAGGAGGCCGAUUUGGAUGGAGACAACAAACUCUCCUUUACUGACUUUGAAAAUAUGAUAUCUAGGGCUCCUGACUUCUUAAGUACCUUCCAUAUACGAAUCUGAGAGAGCUUCGUGGAAAGUUACCAAGGUCGGCAGUGGUGAACCUCAGUACUCUACCUGAACCAUGUCCUGGCCACGGCACAGUGCCUGUCUCACACUCCAAUUGUCAAGUCACAUCAUCUCCAGCCUCCAGCUGUCCUCGCCUCAGUGAAGUCUGCUUAGUUAGAAAUCCAAAUUCAUAAGACACGGAAUUUCACCACUCCUGAUAAAAAUGUUUGUUUUCUCUUACCACACAUACUGUAAAAGGGCUUGACCUGGGAGAAAAGGCUAAUCUUGUCAUAAACAGUAAGCCAGACUCUAGAUUGCUGCUUACUGAACAUGUUCAAGAAUGCAUAAAAUGCUUAUCUGUCUAUAUUGCACAUGAAAUACUCCUAGUCUUCCUACACCUAGAUAUUUGUAAGGACAAAGCUUGAAGUGGAUAAAAGCACAGCAUUAGCAUUAAGGGCCUACAGAUAUUCUAUAUUAGCUAUGCAAUAUUUGCACAUGCAGUGUAUUGCUUUUAGUCAUUUUAGGUUGUGUUCUUUGCUUGUGGAAAUGGAAGAUGAUGACAAUCAUAUACUACUAUUCUCCAGAUAAAUGAAGGGCUCAUUCUGGUGGCGUUUGUCUUCUGCCUCUUCCAUUAUUGUGAGAUGUUAGUUGCAGGCAUUUUUUAGAUAUACAUUUUACAGUAUUAUGUGACUUCAGGUAUUUG